AUGCGCUUUUUUCUUUUAUUUUUUAACGUUAUUUUCGCUACAAAGCUUGCAGAUAUCCAAAAGUACGAAGAAGCCGACCCGAACCUAGAGCAAGACGAAUACAAGCAUCUCAAAGACGAAAUGAGAUCGCCCGUUGACUUUUUCAACGACCCGCUGGAAGACUUUAUUGACAAGGAAUUAAGAAAAGCGAAUCGAUUUUACAACGUCUUCCAAGUUUAA